UAAUAGUAAUAGUUUAAUAGUUUAAUUUAGGUCUGUUUGUACGCUGCUAGUAAUGAACUAAUGAAGUUUUAUGUUUAAGAUGUUCUGACACUUUUUAAUAUUAAUCUUUAAUAAGCAGCGUGAGGUACACCUUGACUUGCUAGCAAAGUGUAAACCAAACAACAAUACCAAAUGGACAUUUAUGGACCCCAUUUCUACAACCAUCCUUCUUAAAAAAAAAAAAAAAACAACAAAAAUAAAUUAUGCUAUAGGACUAUUGUAACGUUUGAAUAUUUCAUGAUGUCACUAACAUACCUAUGUGGGGCGUAAGUGACUUCAAAAUCAAAGUAAUACGUGUAUUUCUUGUCUUUCCUUGUCUUUAUCAAUCUAGGGCGAAGUGUUGUGGUGUUAUAGGAAAAUAAUCCAGACCAAGGUGGCGUGAUGCAGCCCGACCCCUGAAGCCACCUGGCUUAUUCUUGAUGCACGAUUAUGUUGGGUGACCAGUUUUACAGAGAAGCCAUCGAGCACUGUCGCAGCUAUAAUGCUCGUCUGUGUGCUGAGCGCAGCGUCCGCUUGCCCUUCCUCGACUCUCAAACCGGCGUCGCCCAGAACAACUGCUACAUCUGGAUGGAGCGUCAUCAUCGUGGACCAGGUUUGGCAGCUGGCCAGAUGUAUACAUACCCUGCCCGCUGCUGGAGAAAGAAGAGGAGGUUACACACUUCCAUGGAUUCAAGCCUUCACCUCUACGGUCUAAAUAUAGAUAAUGGCCUGACAGCAAAAGAUACUUUGCCUACACCAAGCACUACGCUGGAGGCUUUGCUGAGAGGGGACGGCUUGGACAAGAGGAACAGCACCAGAGACGAGGACCUGCUGGAGAUUCAGAGAGUAUUGGAGGCUGACGCCAACGAGGAUGGUUACCAUGACGAUGAAGACUUUGAAGUGGACAUACCAAAAAGGAAACACCGGGGAAAAGGCAGAGGUCGAGGCUCAGGACGCCGAAGGAUGGACCACAAUGACCAAGAUAAGCCAUAUAUCUGUGAAAACAGAUACAAACAAAAGCAUAACUCAAAAACUUCAGCUUCAGUCUGUGGGAAACGCUACAGGAAUCGCACUGGCUUAAGCUACCACUAUGGCCAUAGCCACAUUGCCGAUAAGGAAGGACCUCAAGCCAGAGACCAAGAGCCAUCACAGUCUCCAGCCAUCAACCAUCGUCCUCACAGUCGCAAAUAUCAGAAGAGUCCAGAUGAUGCUCAUACACUGAACAAUUUCUGCAAAGUUUGUCAAGUACAUUCAGACUCCAAGCUGAAAGAUGGCAAGUGCUCCAAGUGUAGCUGCUUAGGUGGACAUGAUGAAUCAAGAGAAGAGAAGCCUUAUGCUGGAGCGGAGGAGCUGUUUGGUGCCAGUUCUGAGAGUGACACUUCUACAUUUCAUGGCUUUGAGGAGGAUGAGCUGGAAGAGCGCCUGUCUAACAGCGGCGAGACCUCUCCAAAGGGCAGAUAAAGAACAGUUUAAAAGACAUGCCGUUCCUUUCAAACACAGCGCAUCCCCCUGCAAAAAUUCUGCUGCUUCUUUUUAAAGGGUUUAUUUGUUUGUUUGUUUGUUUGUUUGUUUGUUUGUUUUUCCCCUCUCCUUUUAUUGGAAGCACAAGUCAUAGUAUCAGAAGAUGAUGUGUGAAAGUUUUAUCUUCCUUUUAUUGAGUUGUGGUUAUUAUUAUUAUUAUUAUUAUUAUUAUUAUUAUUAUUUAUACAUUAAGAGCAAAUAGGAAUAGUUUUUUUUGUUUGUUUGUGUUUUUGUUUUUUUAAUUUUAAGAAACUUUUCUGUUGUAUUUUUUUUUCCCUUGAGGGGAAAUGAUGGUAUAUUAUAAACGCCGUAAUGGACAGAGAUUAAUUGCAGAUUUAUUACUGGAAUCAUUUUCCAAGACUGAAGACAAAAACAUAAACAAAAAACAACAACAACAAAAACUGAAAGGAGACCUUGCCCUGUUAAGGAGUACAAGUCAGCGAAGAGAAAACGUGAGCUUCAAAAUAAACUGCUAGUGUUUCAUGUCACUGGAAUUGCCAAGGGAUGCAACCGUGAUCUCCUCAAUAAGUCAACUGGGUACUUAAUCUUGUGUACUGUGACUGCGCCAAAAUGAAGUUGGGACAACUUUUAAGGAGAGGAGUCGCAGAUGUACUGUCUCUCAUCCUGCUUUGGAGAUUAAGGAGCUAUUGUGAAGAAGAAAUUAUCUGAAUCAACUGUGUAAAUGUGGGAGACUUUGGCUAUAGAAAGCAGAGAGAGGAGCUGUAGUGAAGGAGGAAGGAGAGAUGAGUUACUCUUGGAAAUAAAAUAAAAAGAUUCCCAGAGUCUCAAUCCACCUCUUCAGUCUUCUGAAUGUCUGAGCCAGUGAAACCGAGGAAGCCUCUGUGCAGCCAGACAGACACCAGACUCGCACUCAUGGACAAGUAUUGAUUGAUUUUAUUUUAUUUUAUUUUUUAAACCUCUCGGACUGCUGUUGCUUCCCUCGUGUUGGUCUGCAGCCUGAAUCUGAGACUGUGAUCAGAGCCAUAUGAAACUCUUCCUCCACUCUCUGUACUGCAGGAGUUUCAGACAGUCUAGGAGAGAUUCCUGUUCUAGCUUUACAGUGUCACUUUGGUUAGGUUACAACCUCAAGUUCUGUACUUAAUAUGAAAACUUCUGUUUUAUUCAGGUUCUUUACAGCCAUUGUAUGAUUUUUGUUGCAACAUAAACAUACAGUAUGGUCUGUGAGAUGUCAUGUUCACACAUUUAAAGAAAAGUGAGAUGUUCCUGUUGUACUGAAGCACAAUGCCUUCCUGCUACCUUUACUUUACUAUGUGGCUUUAAACUCUACUCUGAUUGGUUGGGUGACCUUGUGCUUACAGCUAUGUUCUGUUUUCACCACCAUCAUGUUACCAUUUUUAUUCUUCUUUUUUUUUCCCCCUGCAAAUGUGUGAACAUGACAUAAAAGCGAGAGAGAGAAUAUUUGUGUCGCUUUCUUUCCACAGCCCUGGUGCACAAAAUUUCUAUUCUGAAGCAACGUUGUGACUAGUAUUGCGCUGUGUUUAAUCCAGUCUCUCAGGGGAAGAUGAUCCUGACAGCCAUAUUUAAAACACACCACUAUAGAAUCCUCCAAAUGUGGAUCUAUUCAAACUGCAGUUUGAAUGUUUUAUUUCUACUGAUUUACAUUUCACUUGUCUUGAUGGAAAUAUCCUCUACAGGCUCUUCUACCCCGUCUUGUAUUUGGGCCUCGAUACCUGCUCAGGCGUUUUUCUUUGAAAUGUAGGACUGCUCUUUCCAUGCAGGUGCUGUAUACUGUAUAGUCAGGCUUUUAUUAUGCAUUCGGAAAAGGAUGAAGCUAACGUUAAGCUAAUCACACACUGAUAGGGUGUGACACUGAGGAACAAGCUGAGACUGUGACCCAGCAAAACCUUCCACUUCAUAGAACAACCACUAAUGAAAACACGUGACAGGAUUGUAGUUCAUGUGAGCUACGGGUUGCUGUUUUAAAAAAAAAAAAAAAAAAAAAAAAAAAAAAUGGUAACAAUGACGUAUGGUCUAUUUGUUUUGAUUAUUCUCCCAGGCAUUGGCAUCAUCAAAUCAGAACAAAGUCAGCUCCAUCACAUUACAUUACAAGGAACAAAGUAGGGAAUAAAACACGAUGAUGUGGUGUGUUGGUCUAGGAUGAUUUUCCUAUAAUGGCACAUUCCAUAGUGUGUGAUUCCUCUCAUACCACAGCAAGGAUUACAAAUUUUCAUUUAUUAAUGAAUGACACUUCUGCGCUUUUUAUCCAGAUAUAGUUAUGGACCAUCCAUGAAACAAAUUCACUCCUGAUACUCAAGACUAGGGAUGGGCGAUAUGGACUUAAAACUAGAUCAAGGUAUUUUCUGGUAUUUAUUAUGAUAAUGAUGUUUGUGGCAACAUUAAUAUAGUACCAUUCACCGCUGUGGGGUUUUUUUUUUUUUGUUUGUUUUUUUAAAUUUAAUUUACUAGUAAAAUGGCGUAAGAUAUUAUCUUGUUUUCUGAAAAGAAAAAUCUCAAUUGAGUUUUUGCUUAAAACAAGCAAAAUGAUCUGCCAGUAGGGUAAAAAAAAAAAAAUCAUUUUCAAAUGGAAAACUGGAUUACUUUUCUUGUUUUAUGGUCGUUUGCUGGACAUCUGAUUUUCUGUAACCAAACCGGUUCCAGAUUGUAGAAGGAGCUCCUCAUUUAGUGAUAAACUCCUCCUCAGCUUCACGUCCGCGUUCCGCCAUGCUCGUCUUCGGUCUGCACGUGAGCUGUGAACAGGUCGCAGACUGUCACACACAGAAAUACAGCAUCAACUAGGCUUUAUCGUUAUUAUCGCGGGAAGACUUUCUACCGGUAUAUCGCAAACGAUAAGAUAUCACCCAUCCCUACUCGAGACUCCUUCUAUAAAUAUUACUUAAAUGCCUCUUAAUUAAAACUUCCCUACAUCAACGACUAUACAGUUUUCUUUGUUAAAUAACAACCCGGUUUUACCAAAAUCCAUGUUCUUUCUUUUUUAUUUUUAUUUAUUUAUUUUAUUGAGCAUAAUGUCUUACUUUUCCCCCCAUACAUUUUAUAUUAGAAUAAUUGGUUAGUGCACUCAAGGAGCUCUGUGAAAAGCUGUGUGUAUUUGAAAAGAGUGUCUUAUGACGUUUGAGCGAUUUUUAUUAUUAUUAUUUUUCCCCACUGUUUCAUGGUUCUCACCAACACUCAGCCGGAUUUCCUGUAUUGUCAGAAACAGUCCAUGUGUAAUCAGGCACCGCUGGGAUCGUCUUUGCGGCUGGAUGGGUCACCCAGCGAUUCAAGUCGGCUUAAGUAGAGGAAACGCACCUUUUUGAUAUUCUAUACGUUUUCCCCCUCCAAUGAAGUCUAACGGUGCUGAUCUAAACCGUCAUUACGUCUGGCAUGGUGAAGAGGUUGGCACUCCAGGGUACAUGUUUAUUUCAGAAUAUGUUUAAAAAAAAAAAAAAAAAAGAAGAAUCUGCACCUAACGUUAUGGCACAUAGAUUAACACUUGAUGUGAAUAACACUCCACCUACGUGUAGGCAAGAAGACUGUGAGUGCCAUGUAUUGUUUAUUCCUCACAUAUCUGAACCCUGUUCCCACACUGUGGUUCUAAUAUGAUUUAUAUGCAGUUGGUGAAUUAGGCAUAAUGCUGUGAUGUAAAUUUUGAAUGCUUUUGUUUUGUUUUUUGUUUUCUUUCUUUUUGAAAACAUUUAUUUAUGUUUAUGCAAGAAUAUUGUUGGCUUUGUCUACUGCACAUCUCGUUAAGACUAUUUCAGGCCUGCAAUGUUAAUUGUGAGUUUUCAUGUCUAGAGAUAUGAAGGUUACCAAACGAUGCACAGUGAAUGAGAGAAACGUGUACAUGACGACGGCUUACACAUCAACGUGGACUGGUGCGCAAACGUGCACACGUAACAACGGACACACUCAACAAAUCCCCUCAGGUACCAUAACCGCACACUCAACAAGAGCAUGAGGAAUGAUUCUCUGGAAUAAGAAACGUUUUGUCAGUCAGAUUUCUUGACUCGUAUCUACAGAUUUUAAGGAACGGUGUGCAUUUGCUGAUCUUCCAGGCAGUGGAUCUUGUGCACUUUUUUGAACAACUAAUGCUCCUGCUGAGGGGUUAUGAUCGAUUAUUACGAACAUUAUGAUGAACUUUAAGCAAUUGAUCUGUCUAAUAUUUUCUGCUAAUAAGUUUAUAGUCACUUCUGUACCUCAGAAAAGUCAAUGAGCAAUAGGCCUGUGUUUUUUCUGCAUUCCUGGGGUUGGAACAAGAGCCAAUUUGAGGUGAAGGAGUUUGAACUGAUUAUUUUGUCUGCAUCUGUACAUAAUAUAAUCCAAAUGAAGUCUUUGUUAGUUGUUAUUUUUAUUGUGACGAAAGGAAUUAAAGAAUGAAUUAGAGGUG